AUGCCAAGCGAUUGCGCCGUUUGCGGCCAGGCUGCCGAGCCAUUGGCUGCCAAUGGGACGCCUCCCAGCAAGCCCAUCCCGUAUGAGGUCGAUGUGACCGCUCUUUCUGAAGGCUUGAAGAGCGAGGUGCAAGCCGCGGAGCACGCCUUUGCUCUGGACGCCGGCCGGGCGCUGGGCGGCCAGCAGAGCGCGCCCAGCCCGGUGCAAGCCUUCCUGUCCAGCAUCGUGGCCUGCACCCAGAUCACGCUCCAGAUCGUGGCCAAGGAGCGGGGAGUGGACCUGCAGCGCAUCGAGUGGCGCGGCUGGGGCGUGUUUGACACCCGCAAGCUUGUGGGCGGCUCCGACACUGACCCCCGCUUCCAGCAGAUCAAGGCAAGUGUGACGGGCAAGGUGUUCGCCGGGCCCAGCCAGAAGGUGUUGGAUGAGCUGGCAGGGCUGCCGCUGGCGCUGUUCCCGAGUGCAGCCGCCACCACCGCCCGCUGCCCCAUCAGCCAGAGCCUGCACCCCAGCAUCCACUUCACGCUCCAGCUGGCUGCCAGCGAGGCGUGA